AUGUGCGGAGGAACAGGUGUCGAAGUUCUUACAUAAAUUAUCGGUUGGGCAUAUUUCAGUGCUUGGUCAAUAUCAUUUUAUGGAUAAGUAUAUGAAAAUUACAAAUAACAAAGAGCCGAAGGAUGUAAAAUAGACUACUUAAUAUUUAACUUUAGUGGCUUCUUCUUUUAUACGAUUUACAAUGUAAUUGGUUACUGGGGUGAUUCAGAAGCUAAUGGCACAGGUGAUGUUGAAAUUUAAGAUGUAGUCUUUGCAAUCCAUGCAUUAACUUUAACUUGUGUUGCCUUAGGAUAAUGGUUCUACUAUCCAAGAGGUAAAAACUAGAUCACUCCUUUCUGCUAUGCUGCUACUUGUGCUAUGUGGAUUUUUGCUCUUUCCUAUGCCUCACUUGAUAAGACUGUCUUUAAUAAGGACGGAAGUUGGCCAGCUAAGUUGAGCUUGGCAAGUUGGUUAGGAUACAUGAAACUUGCAAUUACUAUUUUUAAGUAUACAAUUCAAGUCAUUUGGAAUAUUAAAAGAUAAAGUACAGAAGGAUGGAAUAUAUUUAACAUAUUAUGUGAUAUAACCGGAGGCACUUUGUCUGUAUUAUAAAGUGUUAUUUAAGCUAUUGCAUGUGGAGAUAAUCCUUUUGGUGGAGCUUUAAAUGCUGUUAAAUAUUUAUUAGGUCUUAUUUCUAUUUUCUUCGAUGUUAUCUUCAUUAUUCAACACUAUGUCAUUUACAGAGGCAAAAAACCUAAAACUGUAUAGCAAGAAGACGAUCUCAACAUGUAACAGACACCUUUCAAAGCAACUUACGAAGAGUCACUUAACUGA